GUGGGAUUAAUAUGUGGUUCGGGUCUGGGUGAGACCCUACACAAAACGUUCAAUUGUAGCAGCAUAACAAGUCGCGAGAAUGCAGAGAACGACUUCGGAUAUCCGUCCAGUGAUCUAUACUAUGGAUGCAUUGAUGGAGUAAACAUAGUGCUACUGGCUAGACAUGGUGCAGGGCAUGUAUUUAGCCCUACCGGAGUUAAUUAUCGUGCUAAUAUAGAAGCGUUACGGCUUGCUGGAUGUACCCACAUAUUGGCGUCUACUGCGUGUGGAUCAUUGACGGAAUCUAUCAGCAGGGGACAAUUAGUUGUGCCUGAUAGCUUCAUAGAUAAAACUAAUUCCAGAAAGGGCACGUUCUAUGACGGAACAUCUGCCAAGUACAGCGGAGUAUGCCACAUGCCGAUGGAGCCUGCGUUCGAUCCGCGAACGUCGGAGAUCUUGUUGCAAGCGGCAAAAAAAUUGGGAUACAACAUAAAAAAGGGUGGAACAGUAGUAACUAUCGAAGGACCGCGCUUUUCCUCCAAAGCGGAGAGUAACGCUCUGCGUCUUUGGGGUGGACAUUUGGUCAACAUGACUAUAUGCCCGGAGGUAUUUCUAGCAAAAGAAGCCGGUCUUUUAUACGCAGCUGUAGCAAUGGCGACUGAUUAUGAUUGCUGGAAAGAAAGCGAGGACAAUGUUCAUGCAGCCGACGUAUUAGUUGUGUUCAGGCAAAAUGUUGAUAAAAUAACGAAUGUGUUACUGGAGGCAGUGAAGAUUAUUGGCUGUGGAGAUUGGGAGCAGGAUAUUCUUAAAUUGAACGACUUAAUUGAGAGCAGCAAUGUGACUGCAAAGAAAUAAAGCUUCUACUUGCAAAGCAGAAUGAAAAAAACCCCUAUAUAUACAUACAUAUACAUAAUCAUAAAUACAUAAUAUUAUCAAAGCUGUGUAAGAUAUAUAAGAGUUUAUUGAAGAGUUCUAUACAUUCCACGGGCGGAAAUUUUUGUACAGAAGCUAUUAUACGAAGAAUCAAUUUAUUUUAUGAUGACAUUUUACGACAUAAUCACAAAUAAGAGCUUGUGUUAAAUUAUUACAUAAAAUUGCGUUAUAUACA